AAAUUCUACCUGCUGCUUCCAGUCAAUAAUCUGAGACAUGGCUGUCUUGAUUAGACAGCCAAAAAAUCCUUUAAAGUAUGAUAUGACAAUUCAGAGUUUAGGCUGGAUGUGGCAACAAUUGCAUCACCUAACGACAAAUAAAAACUAAUAACCAAUAAAACCAAUUUUGUGUAGACUGCAUGGGCUAAUACAUGGAAACAGUCAGAGCAACAAUGUUUUUGGACCAAUUGCAGUGGAUUGUCUUUUUUCCACCGCUCAACCAAGAGGGCACAUCUUCAAUGGUAUUAACAGGCGAGGCUCAGCAGAUCUAGUUUCAUCUUUAUUAAUGCUCUUUUACACCUUGUUCUACUGAAAAGCCCAACUGCAAUGACUACUGUGCCAGAAAUUAAAGUGCCUCAACCAUUGCACGGAAUCGAUCUGUUUUACAUUCUUCCGACAUUAUUGGUGGGUUCUUAUCCGUCAGAGAAAAUUUCGAUAGGCAGAUCCUCAAACGAGAGUUCGUUGAAUAAGAUUCUCAAAUUCUUAACCGAAACUUACGAAAAAACACUUGUAAUCAACUUGGUAGCUGAAAAAGAACCUUAUCACGUUGAUGAGCAAUACGCUGGUUCCGUAAUUACUAGAUGGAUUCACUGGACUGAUCAUCAUGCUUUAGCAUUCAGUGAAUUUGUCAGCUUGAUUUAUUAUAUUGCAAGGUUCAUGCAGGAUAAAUCUAAAGUAGUAUUCAUCCACUGUAAGCAUGGGAAAGGAAGAACAGGGACACUAGUUUCUGCGUUGAUCACUUUACUUUAUAGUGUCUCUUUGGCAGAAGCUACUUUGGUUUUCGUACAAAGAAGAGCGAUAUAUGAUGUCGGUGUCAAAAUUGAGUCACAAAUUCGACUAUUACGUUAUUGGUGUGAUAUACUAGACGACAAUAAGCUGGGUUCUUCGUAUGGACAGAUCAGAAGUCACUCUAAAAGUUGGUGUCUAAAAAAAGUAAGACUUGAUAGCCCAAUGAAGAAGCACGAAAGUAAAACUUUCGAUUUACGUAUUGCAAACAUUCACGAGGAUUCGGUGGAUUCAAGUUUAAUUUUCACCAGCUUGGGUAAGAUAAAAGUAAACCAGGAAUGCCUAUACUAUCAAGAAAUACAAGAAAAUGUUUGUGUGGAAGUGGAGUAUUCCAAUUUCAUCACAAGGUCAUUUGUCACUUUCAGUUUCAACGGCGCAAUGGAAGCCGCUUACCACUCCAGUAAUCAAAGCUCCUUAUUAGAAAUUUCAACAAGCUGGAAAGAAACAGAUGGGAUAGAUGGCACUGGUUUUAAAGGUAAAAAGUAUUUUGAUAACGUAAGUAUUUGGAUUCAACAAAUUCAGAGAUAAGUGUCAUUACUGGAUAAGUGUUAACAUUAAUAAGCUGAAAAUGUUGAAAAUACUAUCUGUGCUAGUCAGAUUUUUUGCGUGCUCAAUGAGAACGCUCUGAUUAUCUAGUGAAUAGUAAGAAAUUAAAUAAAGUGUUGUAAUCUAGCUAUUCUAUUAUGAAUAUCCAUUGUAUAUGUACACGUUUUCU